GGGGCUCCGGCAUAAAUAGGGCCCCGAGCGGCGCUCCCGGAGCGGUGCGGCUGGGGAGGGGGUCGGCGGUGGCGACAGCAGCAGCCAGCGCUGGUGAGAGGGUGCAAGGGUCUCCACCGCUCAGCAGCCUGCACGGAGCCCCCCGCUGUCCCCGACCCCCCGUGUUGCCCCCUCUCCGCCACCCCCAUGGACUUACUGGGCCCCAUGGAGAUGACGGAGGGCUCCCUCUGCUCCUUCGCGGCCGCCGACGAUUUCUAUGAUGACCCGUGCUUCAACACGUCGGACAUGCAUUUCUUUGAGGACCUGGACCCCCGGCUGGUGCACGUGGGGGGCCUGCUGAAGCCCGAGGAGCACCCGCACCACCACGGGCACCACCACGGGCACCCGCACGAGGAGGAGCACGUCCGGGCGCCCAGCGGGCACCACCAGGCUGGCCGCUGCCUGCUGUGGGCAUGCAAGGCUUGCAAGAGGAAGACCACCAAUGCCGACCGCCGUAAGGCUGCCACCAUGAGGGAGAGGCGGCGGCUCAGCAAGGUCAACGAGGCCUUCGAGACCCUCAAGCGCUGCACCUCCACCAACCCCAACCAGCGCCUGCCCAAGGUGGAGAUCCUGCGCAACGCCAUCCGCUACAUCGAGAGCCUGCAGGCACUGCUGCGGGAGCAGGAGGACGUUUACUACCCGGUGCUGGAGCACUACAGCGGGGAGUCGGACGCCUCCAGCCCCCGCUCCAACUGCUCCGACGGCAUGAUGGAGUACAGCGGGCCUCCUUGCAGCUCUCGUAGAAGAAACAGCUAUGACAGUAGCUACUACACAGAAUCACCAAAUGAUCCAAAGCAUGGGAAGAGUUCUGUUGUUUCCAGCCUUGAUUGCCUCUCAAGCAUUGUGGAGAGGAUUUCCACAGAUAACUCCACGUGUCCCAUACUGCCUCCAGCUGAAACUGUUGCUGAAGGCAGUCCCUGUUCCCCCCAAGAAGGAGCAAGCCUGAAUGAUAGCGGAGCCCAAGUUCCUUCCCCCACCAACUGCACCCCUCUUCCCCAGGAUAGCAGCAGCAGCAACCCUAUCUACCAAGUGCUAUAAAGGCAGGUCCAGCUGGACUGCACUGAAAAGAAAUUGCUCCAUUCUGCCAAGCUCUGAGACCUGCCUUCUAAGACUGAAAAGACUUCAAGACUUGUUCCAGUUUUAAAGUAUCAUGCAAAAUUUCUUAUAUAACUUUUCAAACCUGUAUUACAUCAAGAUACACCUAGUUAUUUAUUGGUUGUUAAACUAAAGUUAUUUAAUAUAUCUAGAGAUAAAAUUGUAUACCAUAAAAUGGCCAACGUUUUUAUCUGGGCUUUGGAGAAUAGGAACCUGGCUCUUGAAUGUGGAGGAAAACAGAAAUCUACAACAGCAGUGGCAUGACAGAUCCUUCCUAUUACCCCUUGUUCUGGCCAAAAUAAGGUUGUGGACCAUUUUUUGUAAAACAUUUUGUAUAAUUGUAAAUAAGAGUUGCUUUGGAAAAAAAAAAAAAAAAAGGAAAAGGAAAAAAAACAAAAGACUAAAAACAAAACAAAAAAAGGAAAAAAUAUUUAAUGUUGCUUGGUUUGUUGUGCCAAACUUUAACUUUAUAUAUUUAUACAAUGUGGUUGCCAAGAAUGUUUUCAACAGUAUUCUAAAUAAAGACCCUUAUUUAUAAAAUCUAUGGCGUUACCUUGACUUUCAUUAGAGCUUCUAGAAUUACUAGUGCAUUUAGGAGUGGUGUUAAGAUCGCUGCCUUGGCAGGAAGAAGAUACAGGCUCUGAUUCAGCAAUGAAAUCAAGAACAUGCUUCAGCUGCACUACUUUCAAUUACUUUGUGUAACGGCAUUGCUGAACAGGGGUCUACCUUCUUCACGUAUCUUAGCAAUUUCUAAACCAAGUCUUACACGUUGAUAGUCUUUACAAAAUAGAUUUGUGAAGUAAAUAAGCAUAUUUCUCUUCCCCCCCAAGUUUACAAUUACAUUGUAGGACUUGAGCUUACCAAGCUGUAUCAGAGCUACAAGUCUCAGUAACUCAGAUUCUUCAACGUCCACUGCAGCUACCAUAAGUUAAGGUCUUGUGACCAUAUUUUGCAAGACCAGGUACUACACACCGAGAUAUAUGUUCAGAUUUUUCCAUUCAAGUUUUAAUUUUCAAGUGUUUGUACCAUGUUAUUAGAAUUUAAUUUCAAGUGAUUUUCUGUCAUAAAGUUCAAAAUAUAGAUCACAGUUUUCCUCAAGUUCAGGUCAGAAUUUAGGCCAAAGAAAGGCAGUUUUAAUUUGGAUUUGAACUUUAUGCAUCUCUGGCAACACUACUCCAGGGAUUUAUUUCUUGUUUAGAGCCUCGCUAAAAAUUACCGGUGGGGUAUGUUUCAUUCAGUAUACAUGUGUAACCUUGCAAGCUUGCCCUGCUCAGGGUUAAGCCUGGAGCAGAUUGUCAUUGAUAAGUAACCAUCAGAGCAUAUCUGUACAUUCAGACAAGAAUAACCAGCAGCUACAGUCCAUAUUCAACAACCUGUUCCUUGUCAUAUCCCUGUGAUUUAUGGCUUUUGUUUAAACUUCACAGUAAAACAAACAAACAAACAACGAGAUAGCAGCAGCUCUAAAUACUUAGGUGAUUAUUACAGAGGGAAUUUGUGCAGCUCUUACCUCUUAAGCAGGAAGAGGGGAACAGCUCAUCAGCUCCCUCAUUGUGUGUGGUGACCAUGGUGGAUGACAAACUGGUGCUCUGAGGCACGGGACCACUGUGCAGAUCGGAGGGGACUCUGAGGCAGGGCUGUCCCCUCUACACCUUCAUCAACGUCCAGCUCUGUAAAGGUGUCCCAUUGA